AUGUCGGGAAAUAUUUUAAUCACCUGGAGUGGGAGUGUGGUGCGCUGCUGCCAUCUAGUGGUUGGCCCUGAGGACGUGGUGGAGCCCUGUGAAAGCAAGGCGGAGCAGGAGGUCCGGUCAGGAGCCACGGUGGCAUCAGGAGCAGGAGAAAACCAUCCCCAAGUAAUUCCUGAGCAACACCACCAAGGGGCUGACAUUUUCUCUGGGUUCCUAGAUCUCUCUGAGAGCCUGGAUGAGGAGCUUCCUGCAGACGGGGCAGAGGGAAAGUCUCCAUUUACUUCCAAGGUGGCCUCCAGACGGGGCAGAAACAAUGUUGGCCACACAGACAGAACAUCUCCAUCGUCCCUCAGUGGUCACUGGGCAUUUCGUGUGAAGAGGCCUUGGGGUCUGAUCACUGCACCCGUGGAAGACUGCGAUGGGGAGAGCUUCCUCAGCGGCAGCAGUGGUGAGGAGGACUGUCCAGUAACUGAGGUCCUUCCUGUGGACCAGGCAGAGGAGACCGUGCCUGUUGCUGAGGAAGAGACUGUUGCUCUCUCUGAGAUGGCUUCAGGAACAAGUGAAAGUGAUGUUGGCCACACGGAGAGAUCAUCUCCAUUGUCGUCGAGUGGUCAUUGGGCAUUUCAUUUGAAGCGGCCUAGGCUUCGGAAGAGUGAGCACGCCGAAGACUGCGAUGUGGAGAGCUUCCGCAGCGGCAUGAGUGAAGAGGAGGACUGUCCAGGUAGGGAACCACCUCGGGCCACAGCCAACGGGAACGGGGUUACACCGAAAGCUCUAGAGACUGGGGAUGGGAAGCGUGGUAUCAGAAAGCUGAAACUUCAGGGUGAUGGUCCUACAGGUGACAGCGAGAACGGCCCAGUGGAAACGGGCCGAGUGACAAGUUGA